GUUGGACCCCACCGAAUGGUUUAUCCGAGUGUCUUACCUCCUGCAUGAUCGCAUUUAGACGCUCGAAAUGGUGGUUCUCAACCAUGCUUAUUUCAUCGAAUACUAAAACAUCUGUGUGCAAAAGUCUCUCCUUAGUCUUUUUCAUAUGUGCAUCUCUUUUGAGUGUUUCCAGUGGCUCUUUCAUAUCGAUAGGUGUCCAGCCCGCAUAGGUCCAAAACGUGCAUCCGUCGAUUUCCAAUGCUGCUCUUCCGGUAG